AUGUCUGCGUCACCACGCAAACCCGGAACACCCAAAUCUUCGACUGCGGAGAGCUCCUCGGCUAAUGGUUCGCCUUCGCGGAGCCAUACUCGAUCUCCCAGCGCCGCCGCAACAAAUGGCUUGACUCGUACUCCCUCCGGCCGCCAACCCGUUUCUGCGCGUGCUGCUGCCCGAAGGCCAACCCGAUCCAAUCUCAGCAUGUCAUCGAGCAUCCCGAAAGUGAAUAAUGAUCCGUCCGAGGAAGAGGCACGGGCUCAGAAUGCUGCCCUCAUUGAGGACUUGAAGGAGCAGUUGCAGAAGGCGGAGACGGCCUCCGAGCAGUACCGCAAGCAGCUCGGGGUCCUGCAGAUGAAACUCGACGAGGCAGUCAGUGAACAGGGGAAAUUGGAGGACCAGUCUCACGAGAGGGAGAGCAAGAUCGAGGCGUUGAAUGGUGAGAUUCGUGAGCAUGUUCGCCAGAUCCGGGAUCUGGAGCAGUCUCAUGAAAUGGAACGGAACGCUAUGCUGCAGGAGAAGGAACAGCAGAUCAGCCGGGAGGAGGAGAUGCAGGCUACUAUCCAACGAUUGAAGGAGUCGUUGGCACAGAAGGACAUGAAGAUUAAUGCUGAGAGUGCUAGUUUCCGUAACCGGUCGUCCGCAGAAGUCGAUGGGCAGUUUGCACCCUCGUCGCAACUCGAACGAAGCCCUUCGCGGAAUAACUCUAAGCUGCUCUUGCAAAAAGACAAGUUGAUCGAGUCUCUUCGCCUCGAGCUGGCAGAGUCCCAGAUUAAGCUUGUGGAGAUGGAGAACAAGGGUGGUGGUCGUCAGCGGGAACUCGAGAAGGAGCUCCUUGAGGCUCGCAUGGCCAAUGCUCGUCUGAUGGAGGACAACGAGAGCUACCAGUUGCUUCUGAGCGAGAGGACCCUGAACGGUGACUUUGCUAAGGGUGAGUUCAUGCGUGAACUUCACCCUGACACUCCUGAGCCCUCCGAAGCCGCCAAUGAUUCAGGAAAUAACUUGGGGUCCUUGGCUGAGGAGCUGGAAUCCAUGGAUGCCAAGGCCGAGACGGACCAUAUGCGCAAGCUUGAAACCGAGGUCCGCACCCUGAAGGACCAGAACAAAGCAUUGACCCUCUACAUCGAGCGCAUCAUUAGCCGCGUCCUUCAGCACGAAGGCUUCGAGACCAUCCUAGACAAGAACGAGAACGAUCCCCCGGCUACCGCGAAGCCGAAAAAUCCCACGACCGAGAAGGAUCUCCCCCCAACACCUCCUGAACAUGACGAUAGCGGAGGGCAGUCCUUUCUUAAAAGAGCUAGAUCAUCUAUUGCUGGACCGAAUCAGCCCCCAGCCAAACCUAGGUCCCGUCCAACAAGCGUUAUGCAGCCACCUACAAGCGUCCCGUCAGGUCCUCCCACCGCUCACGAGAACCCAAAUACAGCACCUAGCAUCCCGCUUAACCGUGCCCAAUCCGUACGGCUUGGCCACCGUCGGGCUCGAUCUGACCAAGCAGAUGUAUCAGCCGCCACAGUUGUUGGCCAGAUGUAUCGAGGACGAAACUCUGGAGGUCCAGUGAGCCCCACGAUAAUGGGCCCGGGCUCCCGACAAAGUCUCUUCGGCGGAAGUGUUAUGUCUUCGGGUAUGAGCAGCACUGGCCGUGCACCGUCACUGUCUAGCCAGCCGGAACGUAGCCGGUUGAGCAGCUCGGAAAGCGUCACUAGCGACCUUCACGAGACCGCUUCGACUGGCGCAACUUCCAGCUCCCCUCGUUCCAGCAGCGGCAUGACCAACUACACCGGAGCAGUCAUGACCCAGAACAAGCUGCGUCCCUUGCGUUUGGUCAGUGAGACGCACAAGGCAGCCGAAGAAGAAGAAAUUGCUCGCAAGAAGGCGAACCGGCAAAGCUGGAUCCCCUGGUUCAACCGUACGAACACGAACGAGUCCACGCAAUCCUAA